GUAUUUGCUUUCCUCCGGAGUUUUAAAGGAGCGGACGAAUUAUGAUGCUGCGAUGCUUAUCCCACUAGUUAAUAUCAUAUGGUUUUCGUUAGCGUUAUGUUUUAUCGUAGCUUUCAGCAUCUAUACAUUUUCAUUUAAACUGCCUCACAAACUCGAUCAAGUGUUUCAGGAUUUAAUUCGAUAUGGAAAAACUAAGGAAAACAUCAAGCGCCCGAGCUGGCUGCUCAGUUUUCACGUAUCUAAGAGCUAUUUCCUUCAUUUCUACGCGGUGUCAGUCUUGUGGAAUGGACUCCUCCUACUGCUCUCUUUCCGGUCUGUCGUCAUGGGCGAGGCGUUCCCUGAUUGGCUGAUAGACUCGCUUUGUUGUUUGACUGGCAGACCAAGAGCUGCUUGGAAAGAAUUACAGCUUUCCGUUCUGCUUUUACAAGUGCUACUAUGGGUUCAUUCCCUUAGACGGCUCUUGGAGUGCUUGUUUGUCAGUGUAUUUUCUCAUGGUGUGAUCCAUAUAGUACAAUAUGCUUUUGGUUUGGCCUACUAUGUCCUUCUUGGCCUAACUGUCCUGUGCGUAAAUGCCUGUCUGACACAAGAAGGUGCCAAAUCAGUCCCGUUCUCUCAUCAGCUGACAUGGUAUCAUGUAACCGGGGCUUUUCUUUUUAUUUGGGCAUCACUCCUCCAGCACCGGUCCCUCUUACUGCUGGCAAAGCUGAGGACUGACCACUCAGGCAAAGUAAAGUCCUUGGCCCACAAGAUUCCAUGUGGAGACUGGUUUGAGUGGGUCUCCUGUCCACAUUACCUGGCUGAGCUUCUGAUUUACACUGCCAUGAGUGUUUGUUGUGGUUGCAGCUCAUUAACCUGGUGGAUGGUGGUACUGUAUGUACUCUAUAACCAGGCACUGGCUGCUCAGCUCUGUCAUGAUUAUUAUAAGAGCAAGUUUGAAAACUAUCCAUGUCAUCGGAAAGCUUUUAUUCCUUUUAUCCUGUAAUUUUUAUUAAAUGAAUUAAACUAUUGAUUGAACAGAAAACAGAUGAUCUCUGUGGCAUACUUUAAUGACAUAAUGAACAUAAUGUCUGAAAUUACUGUUGCCAUGACCGACCUGUGUUUAUUUGACAACAAAUAAUUGUGUGUUGAUGCAUUUUAUUUUUAAGGAAAAGACACAGUAGUAGUUUUAACCUCAGUUUUAUUUUUUAAUUAAAAGGAUAAUUUCGUAAAAUGUAAUUAUCUGCUCUCUAUGCUACUAAUAAAUGAAUACCAAUAAAAAUAUUGGAAGAAUA